GGACCGUGCCCGUUGCUAGGGGAUCGCUUCCUUAGCAGCGAAGGGCUUGUCUGUGCCCAGCAGGGGGCCGGCGGCCCGGGGCUCCCAGGAGCUAAAGGGGGGGCGUGCGGCGCUGCCGGGGGCUGGGCUUUGCGCGCGCGCGGCCAGGCUAGCGGGGGGGAAGGCUGCGCUGCCACUCCCUUGCCAGGCGGGCGGCAUGGAGGCUGCAGUGGCCGGGUUCCCCGAGGAGGCGGUGGCGCCGCCGCGCUGCUGCUGCUAUGACUUCGAGCCGCUGCCGACGCUGCUGGAGGAUGAGGAGAAUGUGUCCCUUGCUGAUAUUCUGUCUCUGCGGGAUAGCUGUCUUACUGAGCAGGAUAUCUGGGCAAUUUGCCUGGAGUGUAGCCAUUCUAUGAAGAGCAUCUUCCAUUCAGCAAUCUUCCAGACACUUUGCAUUACUCCUGACACUUUGGCUUUUAACACCAAUGGCAAUGUAUGCUUCAUGGAACAACUCAGUGAUGAUCCAGAAGGUGCCUUUGUACCACCAGAAUUUGAUAUCACUGGUAACACAUUUGAGGCACAUAUCUAUUCUUUGGGUGCGACCCUGAAAGCAGCAAUUGAGUAUGUGACCGAGCCUGAAACAGAGUCAGAGUUUGAGCAGGAUCUACAGACUCUUCUGGAACAAAUGCAAGAAGAGAAUCCUGAAGACAGGCCAGAUAUUGAGAGUAUCAUAUCAUUAUGUGAAGAAAAAUUGAAGUUUACUUCCUCAAGUAAUAUUUGUCGAAGUCUAUCUGCUGUUGGAAGAAGGGUGCUCUCAAUAGAAUCAUUUGGUACUUUUCAAGACAGCUGUGAUAACAUGUGGAAGGGAAAAGUGUGUCAGAGAAAUGUGGAAUUUAAAUUAUACACAAACGAAAAAAACAACACAGAAGGUGAUUCCUCUUCAAUGGAAGACAUGACCUCAAGCUAUCACAGAGCCUCUUCUGAAGCUAAUAUGGCCUUGAAUGCAAGAGAAUGUGGUUUAAAGGAAAUGCAAGUUUAUCUGGAUAAUGAAAGAUGUCAACAUUCACAACUUGCAGCUCAAACUAGAAAGAGCAAAGAAGAGGACAACCAUGUAUUAUAUAAUGAAAGAUGUGCUAACAUAUUUUUGGAGACCAAACCAUUUACUAAUGACCUAGAGAGAAAUGGUUUUAAAAAAGGUUGUUUGAGAAAAAUGAAAACUUUUCCAAAGCUACCACUUGAAGUUACAGACACGAAUAAUGUUUUAACAUCUCUAACAAACAAUGGACUUCUGAUUCAUAAAAAACAAUCACUAACACAUGACUCGGUACAUCUAGAAAAUAAUCAGGUCGAUUCAAAGAGAAAACUUAGUCCAUUCAAUAUUAAUAAUCCACCAAGAAUAAAACCAAAGAAUUACCAAGUCUCUGAUCUUCAAUUAGAUGCAUCUUGCAUAUGCACGCAGGUCUCUGGCAUGUAUCAUGAAGAAUAUAUGCCAUCUGUUAAGGAUAAAAAUAAAGUUUCUUUGGCAUGUAAGCAUAUAGAAGAAUAUUCUCAGGCUACCUCUGAAACUCAACAUACCAAUGACACAUUAAAAAUCUCAGAUCAGUCAGCUGCUGGAACAGAAAUAGUAGACAAUUAUUCAGCACGGGAGGACUGUAUCGAAACUUUUCAAGGGUCAAAUAAAAAUUGUUUAUCACAUCUUAAUAAGAUGACUUCAGUGUUAUCAAAAAACAAUAGGAAUGGAUAUGGGUCAAGCCUAAUUAGUUCUCCAGAAUUGCUCAAUAUUGUGAGGAGUACAAACAAUAACGAAAAUCACUGUGGAAGCAGAGAAUCAGAAGUCAAAAGUAAUGAGCAGUGCAUCUCUCUGAAACUACUUUUGUCUCGGUAUGGUAAGCCAUUGAAAGACUAUGAACUCUGGGCAUUAUGUCAUGAAUGCUUAUUUACUCUGCAGACUUACCUAGAUUAUCCAGUGUUUUUAUGUUUGGAUUCUGUGCUGAUUGAUUGUCAUGGAAAUGUUCUCUUUGCUGCUCCAGAAGAUGAAGAGUAUUAUGAUGCAUUUUAUCUGGCUCCUGAAAUUGAAGAAGUGGAUUUUGUUACUGAGAAGGUCUGUAUUUACUGUGUUGCUGCAGUUUUGUGGACAGCAGCCAAAUACAAUUAUCCACCUGAUCAAAAACUAGUGUUACCAAGGAAACUAAAGACUCUUCUUCUGGAUAUGGCAAAAAAACACUCUGAAGAAAGGCCUUCUUUAGCUGAUGCAAUUAAGAUAUGCAGUAGUUAUCUCCUUGAGCAAAGUAUAAACAGCAAAAAGGUUCUGGCAUUGUUAAGUAAAUCUGCCUUCAAGGCUUUCAAGGAAGAAGUAAACUCUUUCCAAGAUAAUGUUCCUUUUAAGUCUAAAAAUAAAAAUAAGAAAAUAGAUGCUUCAGAGUCUAGUCUAGGAUUUGUGCCAAUUACUAGUGAAAGUAAGCUUAUAGCAAUUAAAGGGCCAGUGCCUUGUCAAACGUCUUUAAACAGUGAGGCAAGUACAUUGCCUGUUGCGUUCACCUCUUCUGCAACUCACUUUAAGCCUAUUAUACUGCAGCAAAACACAGAGAUAACAAAAGAGAUGCAUACAUCUACUUCUCAACAACUUGAUAGAUCUGGAAAGAAAGAAAUGCCUAUGGAUGGCAACAACAAAUCAGCAUCUGUAGUUGACACUGAAAACCAUGCUGCUGAAGAAGUUAUAGCUGCACUUGAGAUAUCCAAGCAAGAUUUAGAAACACAAAACCAUUUAUCCCAAAUACUUUCAAAGGAGCAAAGUCCAAGCAAUAUGGUUAAAUCCACAGUUGAAUCGCCAUCACUAUCAGAUUCCUUAUGCAAUUUACAAGAAAAGAACACUUCAUCUCCAAUUUCUUCAAGCUCCUCAGCUUCUGCCAUGCCACAGAGGCCACCUCUUAUAAAUAACUUCCUUCUCAAUCAGGACCCAGAGACAAAAGUGUUAACGCUUGUACCAGUGCAGCUAGCUAUAUCAGAGCAAAUACCAAAUAAACCUCUUGAGUCACAAAUGGCUUAUGAUUGCUAUAAUCAUUUGCCUGUGCGCCUUUUAAGUACAAUAGCAAAUUAUAACACUGAUAUAAAUCUACAAAAUAAAUCCUCCCUUUGCCAGCUACAGAACGAUGAACCCACUAAAGUACAGACAAAACAUGAUAAAAUGAAAUCCGAAAUCUAUAGUUUGUCAUUGCCUUCAACUAAUCAAAUUAUUCAAACCAGCUAUCUAGAAAACAAAGAAUGUAAUACUGAAAUAGGCAGUAUCUUAUCUUUACCAGGACACAUAACACAUUCAUCAGUGAAUCAGAAUGUGUCUUCACCCUUCAGUGUAGAAAUAUUAUCCCAGAAAAGUGGGAUAAAUAACACUUUAUUACAGAAAACAGUGAAUCUUAUACAAGAAGAAUUUGCAUUUGAUGGCUAUCUGGAAAAUGGAGCUGAAGUUCUUGUUAUGGGUAACUAUAUUUUCACCUUAAAGGAUCUUAAGUUUGACGUUUUCUGUGCUGCAGUUUCUGAGAAGUUUUGUGACCUUUAUUGGGAUGAAAAAUUACUGGAGAAUCUUUACAAGGUAGUAAAUGGGAAAACCACUCCACAAGCAGGCAUAACUGAAACAGAUGGCUCAGAUUGUGGCAGUGUGUUACGGAGUUUGAAGAGAAUUGAUAGUUUGUUGGUUAGCAGCAGAGAGACAACAGGAAAAAAGAUACAGGUGGCCUCUGGCACCAGAGCAAUACCUGCUUCAGAUGUAUCAUUGGCUGAAAAGGACUCAGAUGAGCUUCCACUAGAUAAUUUUGAAAAAGAAUUGAGGAUGCGGAAGUUUAUAUUAAGAACUGAAAAAAGGGGAAGUUGUUUUCAAAGUAAUAAUGGUCUCAGUCCUGACUCUGUAGAAGAGAAUAUAGAACAAGAAGAGGAGACAUCUGAAAAUAAUUACCCUGUCUCCCCCAGUUCAUCUGAAUUUCGUGGUUGUAGUCCUGGUUGGAGCAGUGCAUUCUAUGGAGGUGAAUGCUUUAGUUCAGAAGUUCACAAUUAUGUGAAAGAACUUGGGAAGCAGGAAGUAAAUGAGUCACAAAAUAUAAACUCUAAAAGAGUGGAACUUGAACAACUACUAAUGAUCGAGACAAAAAAUUAUAGGAGAACUCUAAAAUUCUACCAGAAACUUUCUCAGCAGGAGAGAAAAAACAAAGGUUCUGAGGUUAAAAGUAUGUUGCCCAAAUUGAGGGAACAGCUACAAGAAAUGAAAUCCAAGGUGGAACUUCUUGAAUUGGUAAAGAAAUACUUACAGAUCAUGUAUGUAGAGCAGUGGGGAGUGGAAUCAUGUGCACUUCUUACAGUAAUUAACGUUACAAGAACUGAUGUGUUGGACAUCAGCCCUUUGGAUGAGUCGUCCUUGCUCAUUUUCUAUAAUAUGAAGAAACACCAGUAUAAUAAUCAAAACAAGUCAAGGAUUUUACAAGCUGGAACACCACUUGGGUUAAUGGCAUAUCUGUAUUCCAGAAAUGCAUUUUUAGAAGGUUAUGUACAGCAGUUCCUUUACACAUUUCGUUAUUUCUGCACACAAGAAGAAUUGUUGAAGUUUCUUCUUGAUAAAAUCAACUGCACUUUAUCCAGUGCAAAUGUGGAUCCAACCUCUCUGCUUAUCAAAAUAUACAAUCGCAGUUUCUACAUUCUGCAGGCUUGGAUUGAAGACUGUUACAGUGUAGACUUUGCAGUAAAAGCUGAUCUUUUGUGCACACUACAGGACUUCGUUUCUUCCAAGAUUGCUCCAUUAAAUGGUCAUGGUGAACGUUUGCUGGCAGUGCUUGAAAAUGCAACUGGUGGGAAACAUGGCAGCACAUUCCAAAACUAUAACCUGAAUGAGUGGAAGGAGGAGGAAGAGGAGAAUACAAAAUCUUUACACUCAUUGUGUAAAAAGCUGUCUGAAGAAGUGUCCCAAAAGAGCUUUAACUGGAAACUCUCCAAAGGAAAUGACUCUAUUACACAUCAUCAAAAAGAAAGACCAUACACAGUGGGGUCAGCUUUACCGAAGCCAUGCUAUUACAGUUCUACAGAAGAAUUCUCUGGCUCUUAUGCUAAAACAAAUGAAGGAGGAUCUCUCUUAACUGAAUAUAGUGUACAAGAGCUUUGCUGUCAACUGACACUGUUACAACAGGAAAUGUUCUGUAAAUGCCAUCCAGUACACUUCCUGAAUUCAAGAGCACUUGGCGUCAAAGAUAAAUGUGCCACUAUCCAAAAAGUUGUUUCCACUGAAUCACUGUCCCUUAAAGUCUGUAACCUCUUUCUGCCAAAUUGCAUACAAGACAAGUAUCUCUUACAGCUUUUAAGGAAUGCAGACAAUAUCAGCACCUGGGUCGCUGCUGAAAUUGUUACAAGUCAUACUUCCAAGUUACAGGCGAAUUUGCUAUCAAAAUUUCUUCUUGUAGCAAAAUCUUGCUAUGAACAAAGAAAUUUUGCUACUGCCAUGCAUAUCUUUAGAGGGCUCGAAAAUCUUAUAGUACGACAGCUACCAGCCUGGAAAAUUUUGCCAUCAAAAGUGUCUGAAAUAAUGGAAGAACUCAAGGCUGUUGAGGUGUUUUUAAAAAGUGACAGUUUGUGUUUGAUGGAAGGACAGAGAUUCAAAACACUCCCUACAAUUCCAUCAGCCCAUGUUCUGGCCAUGCAUGUCCAGCAGCUUGAAACUGGAGGAUUUACUAUGACAAAUGGAGCUCAUAAGUGGACUAAACUUAGAAACAUUGCAAAAGUUGUGAGCCAGGUUCAUGCAUUUCAAGAAAACCCCUAUACAUUUACUCCAGAUCUCAAGCUCCAGUCUUACCUCAAAAAAAGAAUAGCUCAUUUUAAUGAUGCAGACAUUUCUGCUUUAGCAGCUGACAACAGAGCCAACUUCCAUCAGAUACCAGCUGAAAGACGUGCUCGAAAAAUUCAGGACACAUUGCGCAGAAUGAAGGCAACAUUUCAAUAAUUGUUUACAUUUUACCUGAUUGUUUGAUUUUAAUUCCAGAAUAUAAAAGUAUGGAUGAACAUGACUUCAACUCCCAUAGAAUUCCCAAGCAAAGACACAAUGAAAUUAGUUUUAAAAUAUUAACUCUAUCGGAAAUGUAUAUAAAACCAUUGUAUGCCCACAUCUUGAAUACCUCAUCUUAAAAAAGAUACACUGACAUUGCAAAAGGUUCAGAAA